AUGGCGAAUUGGGUCAGAUACAUGGCUCACAAGCUUGAGUACUCUCUCACUCUCAGCCUCAAGAAUCAUACAAAAGAGAGGGUCAUUGACCAAGAGUUCAUUGGUGUUGUCAUGAAGAAUCUACUCUAUGGAAGGAUCACCUACUUGCAUUCAGUUAAAGGAGAAGGGAUGGCUCCAACCAUGGGACCACAUGAUAACACACUCCUUGUCCGUAAGCUACCUGAUGUUGAUACAAGGUAUGUUUCCGUUGGAGAUGCUGUUGUCUUGAAGGACCCGAAUGAGUCACAUAAGUAUCUAGUUAGGAGACUAGCAGCUUUAGAAGGAUCCGAAAUGGUAUCAAGCGAUGAGAAAGAGGAGCCUUUUGUUCUCGAAAAGGAUCAGUGCUGGGUCAUAGCUGAGAACAAAGAGAUCAAAUCUAAGGAAGCAUAUGAUAGUAGAACAUUUGGUCCGGUUUCAAUGGCGGACAUAGUAGGAAGAGCUAUAUAUUGUAUGAGGACAGCCGUGGAUCAUGGUCCAGUAAGUAACAGUGAAUUUUCCAUGGGAGAGGAUUCUCCAAUCCUGGCGGUAGAACUUGACGUUGAUGAAUUGGUUAAAGACCACAAGGCCUAGUAACAACAAGGAGACAUUGUUCAUUUCACCAGACUCUUUGUAUGCCUUUGUUUCCGUUCUGAACUCCAAUUUAGACGCAUGCCACUGGAGUCUGAGAUAUUUGUGGCAAAUGUUGAGGAAAAGUGUUCCUUAGCUUCUUCCUCUAUUAAUAAAACAAACCACUUCUUUACAGAAUCCAAACCAAUGGUUUCAAACUGAA